AUGGCCAGCGCACUCGUCAACCCCGAUGCUGAGAGACCAGCAGGGCUGGACAUGUUCCGCCCUUCAGCCGAAAACGUCGCUGUCAAGGGAAGACACUUUGUGGACUCUCAUGGAAGAGUGUUGGAUCUGCGGGGGGCGAACGUGAGCAGCUCGAGCAAAGUACCGAGUAGACCUUGUCCGCCUUUCCACCUGAGCAAGAAUGCGAGUUAUGUGGGCAGACCCUUCCCUCUUGCCGAGGCGAGAGAGCACUGGCGCAGGCUUCGCUCAUGGGGCUUGACGUUCAUGCGGAUAACGGUCACCUGGGAAGCGCUCGAACAUGCUGGACCGGGACAGUAUGAUCAGGAGUACCUCGACUACCUCAAGGAGCUUCUUACUAUCAUGCACGAAGAAGGUGUCGCUGCUUACGUCGUGAUGCACCAGGACGUCUUCUCACGAUACUGUGGAGGGUCGGGCGCACCGGGUUGGGUAGUAGAAGCUGGCGGGUUCGACCUCGGCGAUGACGGAGACAAGCUCGCUUUGGCGGGUGCGGCGUUUCUUGAUGGUCUUCGGGGCGGAAGAUUACAGGGCGAGCGAGGGCUCUGGCCAACAGGGUACUCCAAGUUGGCGUGUGCAACCAUGAAUACUCUCUUCUGGGGCGGAGAGACUUUUGCGCCCGCCUUCAAAGUCAAGGAUAGGACUGGCAAAUCCGUCAACAUCCAGACGUACCUUCAAGACGCUUUCUUUGGCGCGGUCGAUAAGCUCGUCGAGGCCGUAGGCGACCUGCCUGGUGUGCUCGGUUUUGAGCUCAUGAACGAGCCUCACCCGGGUUUCAUUGGACUCGAGACCGUCCACGCCUGGAACUACAAUACCGAUCUUCACCUCGGUCAAUUCCCCUCUCCGCUCCAAUCCUUCAGUAUGGGCGCCGGCCAUCCCACCCCCAACGUCCCCAUCUACACCCGCUCGUUCCCUUUCCCCACUCGUCACUCUUCAUCCGUCAUUGGCAAUCCCACCUCCGCUGUCGUUUGGCGCGCCGACGGACCCACCAAGGGCUCAUGUCCCUUCGAAAAGGAAGGCGUGUGGCGGUGGUCCGAGCAGAAAAAGACCGCGGUGGCGUUACAGGAGGAUUACUUCUCAAAAGACAGGAAAGGGCGGAAGGUGGACUUUUACCAGGACUUCUACUUCCCUUUCGUGAGCAAGUGGGAGGAGGUGCUUGAGAGGAGGCAAGGGAAGGGGAGGGGGAUGCGGCUGGUAGAGGCUGUACCGAACGAGUAUUGUCCUGAUUGGCCGGUCGAGGCCAGACCGAGUAACUUUGUGUAUGCCCCACAUUGGUAUGACCUCAACUCGAUGUUCAAGAAGAAGUUUGGAUUCAUGACAGUCAAUGUCCAGGGUCUAUCAAGGGGCAUGUUCAUCCUCAAUGCGCUAUACUUUGGUCGGGACGGCGUCAUGAAAAACUAUGCUCUUCAAAUCAAGACGCUGGUUGACAAGGCUCGGGAGAAGCUGGGAGAGGUACCCGUCGUAUUCGGAGAGUGCGGGAUACCGAUGGAUCUCAACAACGAGGAGGCAUUCCGGACUGGCGAUUUCUGGGCGCAGGAGCGGAUGAUGGACAGUCUGUUGUCUGCGCUGGAAGCGAGCCUGGCGUCAUUCAAUCUCUGGUCUUAUAAUCCGGUGAACAAUGACGAUAUUGGCUGUGAUUGGAACGCCGAACACUUCUCUUGGUAUUCGAACGAGAGGCGGGAUCAGGAGGUCGCGCAAAAGCCUACCAGUGCAGGGGAGAAAGGCGAGGUUCUGGACCUGGACGCCGGGUCUAGGCUGUUAAACGUCAUUGUGCGCCCCUACGCCAUCGUCACCGCCGGCGUCCCCAUGUCCCUCGUUUACUCCACUCAGACCAGCGAAUUCUCAUACCGCUUCCGCUCGCCCCACACGCCGGCCUCCCCUUCCGCCGCCACAUCCACCACCCCUCCUCCCAUCUCGGAACUCACCGAGCUCUUCCUCCCACGCCGCAUCUACCCAUCUCACCUCACCAAGUACAUUCUCUCCCCUGGCGGCCGGAUCUACUUUGACUGGCCUAACCAACGCGCCUUCAUCUGGUUCGUCGAUCCCGAGCACUCGUCCGACCCCCGACUGGCCAAGCUGUCCAAGUCUGCCCGGACGAGGCGGGUAGAUAUCUGGGUCGGCACCAAGAAGGUCGAGGCAUGGAAGUGGUGGCAGGUACUGGCGAUAUUGGUGGCUGUCUUGGCUGUCAUUGCGGGCGUGACGGCGCUGCAGCUUGCCGACUGGGAGAAGGAGAGAAAGAUGGGAUUGAAGCCGUGGGCGGGGGUCAGUAUCUGGAAGGCGAAGUGGCUUGACUAG